GUCGGCACGCACGCAUGCAGCAUGAAUCAUUCAAUUGAUCUUCAUUCUUUAGAAAACAUGGAACCCGAUGGGUUUGCUGAUGGGACAGUAGUGUCAGUAGUGUCUUGUGUGAUCCUGGGACUCUCCUUCCUUGUGGGGGCACCGGGGAACCUGCUGGUGAUUUGGACUAUUCUGAGACACGUCAAGAAGCGCUCUCACACUGUAGUGCUCAUCCUGCACUUGGCUGCUGCUGACCUGCUGGUGCUCAUCACCCUGCCUCUGUGGAUCUACUCCCUGGCCCACUCCUGGGUUUUUGGAGUGGUCUCCUGCAAGGCCAUGGUGUUCAUCAUCAAUGCUUGUAUGUACAGCAGUGUCUUCCUCAUCACCGUCAUGAGUGUGGAACGCUUUGUGGCUGUGCGCCAUCCCUUUGCCUCAGCCGACUGGAGGAGGAAAAAAGCCCUGAAUAAAGUGCUGCUGGCCCUAUGGGCUGCUGCAUUCUUGUUCAGCAUUCCUGUUAUCCCAACUCAGGUCGUAGGAAAUGACUCUGGUAAGGAUCAGUGUCUGUACCGCGAGUACACCUCCGACAGCCAGGAGAUGAUCUGUAUGCUGCUGGAGACAUUAGUGGGCUACAUUGUACCCCUCACCAUUCUGGUGGUCUGCUAUGGCUGCCUGUGCAGCCGCAUUGCUCAGAUGACCUACAAGUCUAAGCGCAAGUCCACAGUACUGAUUGCCAGCGUGGUUGUUGUCUUCGCCAUAUGUUGGACACCGCAUCACAUGGGCAAUGUUCUCUCAUUCAUACACCUGGCCAUUAAAGACUCCAGCCCAGAGACAGCAGCAGGUCUGGAGGAUGCAAGGAACACCAUGACCCUCAUCGCUGGCGCAAUGGUCUUCAUUAGCAGCACUGUCAACCCCAUCCUCUACAUGUUUGCAGCCCGCUCAUUCCGGAGCUCGCUGCGUGACACAGGGAUCCAGAAGCUCUUCCGCCACAUCUCCUCUACCUCCCCAGGUGAGGGCAAUAGAGAAUUGUCCUUUGUGUCCAAGAGACAGAGCAAUCGGACCACCAGUUCUCAGUGUCUAUCUGAGUCAAAGGACCAAAUGGAUAUCUUAGUGAACAUGUGUGAAAAUAGUCCGUCUUGAUGUUGUAAAUGUUGCCCUUAGUAUCUAUGUUGUGUUUGGCUGCCUGCCUUUGUAUAUUGUAAUGGGAAGGAGUGUUACCCUAAAUUAAGCUCAUUUUCAUGCUUACACAAGAUUACAUAGGAUGCAAAGGUUUCAGUUUGUGAAAUGUGUGGCACUUUGUAAAUGACCUUAACAAAAAUUGUCUUUUUUUAAAUUGACUGUGAGAAUAUAUUUAUAAUUAUACUGUCAUAACUACAUGUGUUUAUGUCUUUCAUAUAUGUAAAAAAAGAAUAAUAAAUGGUACUAUAUUCAUAAGGAACAGGUCAAUGAAAGUUUCUGUUAGCAUACCUUACUACUUUAUUGAUGCAAAACAAAUACUGUUUAAACUGCAUUCAUUGGUUGCGUUAUUGAACAUUUUUAAAGUUUUGUAUAAUCUAUAACUCUGGGAACAUGAUUAGAGAGAGUAUUGUGUGGUGGAAGAUGAUGACAUGUAGCUAGUGAUGGAAAGAGUACUUAAAUCUUUUAUUUAAGUAAAGUACCGAUACAAGAGGUCCCAGAUGUACUAGGUGUAACUAUUUCCUUACACUGUCAUAUAUUU